AGGCACUGAGCAGCUCCAGUCCCAGCCCGUCGCCUCUUGGGUGGCCAGUAAGUCGGCACGGCCGCUUGCCCACUCCCCUCCCGCCUGCCCUGACGUUAGCGCCGCUUCUCUUCCCCGCGGCGAAUCUGCGCGACCCGUCCCGCCGCUAACAUAGUUUGGGCGGUUGUCAGGGAGAAACAAGAUGGCGGCGGCGGAGGAGGACACGGAGCUGCGGGACCUGCUGGUGCAGACGCUGGAGAGCAGCGGGGUACUCAAUAAAAUCAAGGCAGAACUACGAGCAGCUGUAUUUUUGGCACUUGAAGAGCAAGAAAAAGUAGAGAACAAAACACCCCUGGUAAAUGAAAGCUUGAAAAAGUUUCUAAGUACAAAAGAUGGUCGCUUGGUUGCUGGUCUUGUUGCAGAAUUUCUUCAGUUUUUCAAUCUUGACUUUACAUUGGCUGUUUUUCAGCCUGAAUCAAGCACACUAAAUGGGCUUGAAGGGCGAGAGAAUUUAGCCCGAGAUUUAGGAAUUAUAGAAGCAGAAGGUACUGUAGGUGGCCCCUUAUUGUUGGAAGUGGUCAGAAGAUGUCAGCAGAAAAAAGGUUCCAGUAGUGGAGAAGUAGCUCCAGUUCUGUCUGACAUGCGUUCUUCACCAAAAUCACCUGAUGGAAGAUCAAUUACACAUCCAAUAUCAAGUAAGAUACCAAGGUUUAAAGGACAUCGUAAACUGAAAAAGUGCUUGGACAAGGCUGGUGAGCAGGUUGCUGAAACCAGUCAAAGUGAUACAAGUAUUUCAUCAGGAGAAACAAAGAGCAAAAGCAGCAUUCACUUUCUUCCCAAUGAGACAAAGCUAGUUUCUCAACCACACAACAGAGACUUAAAUACCAAAGAAAAAAGUGAUCCAGCUGUAGAUGAGGAUGACAUAGAGGGAGAUUCUUUUUUUGAUGAUCCCAUACCCAAACCGGAGAGAAACUAUGGCUGGAAAACAGAGUCCAACAAACAAGGAGGAAGCCUUGCAUCUCUUUCUGAUGCACCCCCCCUAAGGAGUGGGCUAAGCUCCCUUGCUGGAGCACCUUCACUACAAGAGCCUGACAAUGCAAAUAGAAACUCUGUUUUGAAAGAUCUACGCUUGGUGAAUGCAAAAUUUGGAUCGCUUGAAUUAGGAACUGGAGAUGAAGAGGAGUAUGUUGAUGAUUUCAACAGUACCAGUCAUCGCUCAGAAAAAAGUGACAUCAGCAUUGGUGAAGAAAUAGAAGAAAUUUCUGUGGAAAUAGAAGACUUGAAUGCCAGUGAUAAACUUGAAGACCUCACACAAGAUCUUACCAUUUCUCAGUUAAGUGAUGUUGAUGUUGCAGAUUAUCUAGAGGAUGUGGCAUAGAAUUGGACAGUAGAGAUGUUUCAAGUGCUGGAUUGAGGACUCUUGUGGACUGCUAUUUUCAGACAAUCAUUCUUUGCUGGAAUGUCUGUUCCCUAUUUGUGCCUUGUGUUUCAGAACGACUGGAGGUGUAGAGAGCUUUUAUAAAAUCAUAGCAAGAACUGAAUGAAAUAGUUCGUUCCAGCUUGAGUCUAAUAUUGGAAUUGUUGUUCUUUGUCUGGUUCAGCGAAACCUUUCACACAAGGAGUUGAACUUUUCCAGCUGGAUGUCCAUUGCUGGCGAUGGAUACACAAAACCAUCGGUCUAUAGGAGAACAUAACUGAAGAACUUCUACACAGAUGUAUGGCUUUAUAAUGAAUUUACACUGUUAUGGUAACAGUCUGAUUUUUAGCUAAGAUAAGCAAGAAAACUUAAGAGUUACUGCUUCAACUUACUAAAAACUUCAGCAGUCUGUAUGAAAUUUAGAUAAUAUCUAAUAAAUCUGCCUCAGUUCCUAGUCACUCCAUGCCUACUUUAAGGGGUCAAGAUUUUUCAGAAGUGACUAGUGAUUUUUGGGAGCCCAACUUUAGAGAUCUGUAAGGGGCCUGGUUUUUAGC